GUUUGAUUGCAAAAUUUUUCCGUGAAUUUUCACACUCAUUUUCUGUAUGAAAAUUUGACUGCACCUCGCGAAGUGGUGUCUCAUCUUGGCCAGUGCACGUGAGAAAUUACAGAGUUAAUUCCCGGCUUCUUGAGCCUUCCCGGAACCGAAAUGGGCAAUGAAUCUGCGAAACCAGCCACUCCGGCGGGUGAGAAGCCCAAGUGCAAGGCGUGCUGUGCUUGUCCGGAGACGAAAAAGGCCCGCGACGCGUGCAUAGUGGAGAAGGGCGAGGAGAACUGCCAGGAUUUGAUUGAGGCGCACAAGAAGUGCAUGAGAGAUCAGGGAUUCAACAUCUAGACGGGCGUGGAAGUGACUCGUGUACAUAAAACCAUGAUUGAAUAGUAUUUUAGGCUCACACGGACGAAAUAAAGCUGUUAAAUCUA